GGAAAAACCAGCUGCCCGAGUGUUUUUGGAUUACAGACUCCAAAAAAACAACACUUUAGUCAUGCAGUUCUUUGAUUGUGACUGCCCAACUUGUAUAUUUCAUCCCACUUCUAACUUGAGAAAACACCUGGCAGGAGGACCUGACAUGGAUCCAUGAGUCUAAAUGAAGUGGUUCCGACAUGCAAUGUUCCUGGAAGGCAGUGAUCCUUCUGGCUUUGGCCUCCAUCGCCAUCCAGUACACAGCCAUCCGUACACUCACCUCCAAGCCUUUCCAGUUGUGCACAUUGCCCAGCACACAGAAUUGCGGUCUGGGGGAUCAGGAGACGGAUCCUCCUCUUGAACGUGGGGCAGGAGGCUGCGAUGAUUACCCCUUCUUUUACGUUAAUGCAAGCCGCAAAACCCACAUCUUGGUCUUGGCCACCACUCGUAGCGGCUCAUCUUUUGUUGGCCAACUUCUCAACCAGCACCAAGAGGUUUUUUACCUGUUUGAACCUCUUUAUCAUGUCCAGACCACAUUGAUGCCCCGUUUGUCCCACAGCCACAAUACAGCAGACCGCCGUGUGAUGCUGGGGGCUAGCCGAGACCUAUUAAGAAGUCUAUAUGGUUGCGACCUAUAUUUCCUUGAGAGCUACAUCAAACCAACACCAACAAACCACACCACAGACAAACUUUUCCGCCGUGGUGCAAGCCGGGCGUUGUGCCAGCAACCUGUAUGUGAUGCCUAUGGCCCAGCAGAUGUUAAUGUAGAAGAGGGGGACUGUGUAAAGAAAUGCGCACUUCUUAACUUGACCUUGGCAACCGAAGCCUGUCGAGAGAAACAACAUGUGGCCAUCAAGACUGUCCGUGUCCCAGAGAUUGGGGACUUGCGCGCCUUGUUGGAGGACCCCAGACUGAAUAUCAAAGUGAUCCAACUUGUCAGAGACCCUCGUGGUAUCCUGUCAUCCCGGAUUGAGACAUUCAGGGAUACAUACCGGCUGUGGCGUAUAUGGAGGGCCACAGGGCGAAAGCCCUACAACCUUGACUUGAGUCAACUCACUGUUGUCUGUGAAGACUACCGAAGCUCUGUUUCUACUGGUCUCAGCCAUCCCUACUGGUUGAAAGGGAAAUAUAUGUUGGUUCGCUACGAAGAUUUGGCGAAAAAUCCACUCGCCAAGACGAAGGAGAUCUAUGACUAUCUGGGGCUCCCCUUGGAUAAAAAUGUGGAAGACUGGAUACUGGCAAACACUCAUGGCAGCAAUGAGCCAUCAGCCAAACACAAAUUUGGUACAUUGAGAGACUCCGCGGCUAAUGCAGAGAGUUGGCGCUUGAAACUGUCUUAUGACAUGGUAGAAUACACCCAAACCAUGUGUCAAAAGGUUCUCCAACAAUUGGGAUACAAGGCUGUGAGGUCGGUCGAGCAACUGAAAAACAUGUCUAUCUCUCUGGUGCAAGACAAAAGCUUUGUACCCUUUUUGUAA